GACCACGACUUAACAGCAGCGCUCCUGUUUUUUGCAGCUAGCUCUCUAUUCGUAUUCAGUGGUGUUCCGCGUUAUGUGAGGAGCGAGCUCGAGUACAACGAACUAUGCUGCCCCGACGAGAGAAUGUACAAGCUCGAAUAAAUCUGCGUACGAGAAGAUCAUGAUCAUUUCAUCACGGCCUAUACGAGCAGGAACCCGAUCCUUGCUUUCCGUUGCGCUCAAGACAAGUAGACAGGCGAAACGCCACCCACUAUGUCCACCGUGUCCGUCGAAUGGGCUCCACCCCCGCACCUUGCAAAGUUUUGCGGUGGAAAACAGCCCAGCGAGCUCAGCUGCGACGAGCUUCAAGUGGGACAACGCGUGCAGGUACUGCUCUCUUUGCAGUACCUUCCAGUCUUGUUUUUGCCUGUUUGAUGUGCGAUUGCAUUUUCCGAAGUACUGCAGAAGUUACUGCUCAUCCAGUUCGUGAUAUUGAUUCCAUUGGACACUAUUCUUGCAGAUCUGCAAUCUCCGUGUGACUGCGGAGGUGCAAGAGAUCAUCCCCAAGCGAUAUCUGUGCGAAGUCCUGAUAACGGAUUCGCGCAGUGAUGUAGGGAAGAGCGCAGUUGUCCGUGUGCCCGUGGCUUUGCUUCGCCAGUACCGGGCUGCUGAGAAUGGUGCAAGUAGUGGCGGGAGCGACGAGGAAGUAGUCGGCGCUGCAACGAGGUCGUCCUUUGCCAACGAAUCCUCACCGCUGGAAGAAGGUGGCGAUGGAGACGUAUUUGGGGUUUCUCACCGCGGCAAAACGCAGUCGCAGGAGCAGACUAACUCGAAAUCGCAUGACCAAGAACAGCCAAUAAAAGCCUCCACUUCAACAUCUGGUGCUGCGACACUGCUAACCACGAGCCCUGUAAUCGCGAAGGCCUGCUCAACACCGAGGGCUGCUGAUGCAAACGAUACGGAGAAUAAGAAGCGUUCAGCAGCCAGCGAGCAGCCAGCACAGAUACAACACCAUGAAGAGGAAAUAAAUCUUCAGCAGAACAACGGGCAGCAGCAGCAGGUGAGGUCAAAUGACAUUGUUGCAACAUCGCCGAACAAAGACAAAGAGGCUCCUUCUGGUUCAGCUUUAUCUUCCUCGUCGCCGGUCCCGCCGGAAUCUCCGGCCUCCAUUUUCUCGGACAGUUCGUUGCGUCGUAAAGGGAAGAGAAAAAAACGGAAAAACGGAACCAACAUGGAUAUCAAAUGCAAAAAUGUAUGGGUCCGGGAGAUUCCGAGAUUUGUCAUGCAGUUUUUCCAAGCUCCCCCACGUCUGGAAUGCAGGGCCUAGCAUCACAGGUUCUGCAGCUCCUUGGUGAUGCGUAUUCUGCAUGAGAAAUGCCCUCUCAGCAUGGCCACAAGUGGGCACCCUUUGCACGUUCGGCAUGACAGAUCUUUGUAGGAUCCGAAACACGCAUCACAAGUUCGGAUCCGUCCAGACCCAGACAUAUUUGCAUUUGAUAAUGGAUACAGUGGAGGAGGAUUUGUCGCCCGUGAGGCAGUAUGAAUUGCAAAAGUAUCGUACUCGUAUAAAUGCAUUACAAAUUUCCUAAGCAUGAGAAAUAAAAUUUGUAAUGCGGACUUACCUUAAGGAAAAGUGACGCUAAUGCAUGAUUGCCAUUACAAUACGAGUGCGAUACUCUUGCACAGGAUAGGCAGUCGACCUCUUUCAGCCGCUCGCUGUACGGGAGCAGUAAAAAAACCAAGAAGCCUACGCAGAGAACAAAGUGUUACAGUUACACAUUGUGUUGCAGACCAAGCAUCAGAGACGCGCUCUGUCAUGCACAAAAUGCUAUCGAGUCUCGGUUCAUACGUGUUGUCCCUUAUGUUCUCUGCAUGGCAAGUUUUCUCUCUCAUGCAGAAAAAAUUUGUGUUGCUGAAGUUACAACAGAUGUGUAACUGUAACACUUUUUUCUUGUGAUAAAGCCGACUGAUUUGAACGACUUCCUAAAGCAGACGGAGCGGGAUUUUGUCUGGAACCAGCUGCCGCGCACACCGUAUCUCGCGCACAGCGGCGUGAAGGAGUGCGUGCUCUGUCUUGUGGUACUGUUGUACUUGAGAAUAGACGAUUCUUGUGAGAAGACGUCGCCAUAAUUAGUUUUGAUGUUGCUAUCACUCUGUAUAUAGCAAGCAAGCAGGUUUGAAAAUGAAAAAAUUUAUGAAUUCAUCGACGACGUGCCUGCUUUUGCGAAUUCGAUGUGUCGCAACGCGUAUCUCGCAUGUAAAGACGACUAUAAAAUAUACCCAACUCAGGACUUCGAGCCAUCAGACACCGUUGUCAGACUUCCCUGCUUGCACACGUUUCACGAGGAGUGUGCUGCGGAUUGGGUGCGAACCCACGGGACGUGCCCCACCUGCUCGCUCGACGUCUGCGCCAACUUGAUGCCUCCUGACGAACAGUACUAGCGCAUGGGGCAAGUCCAAAACAUAAUGAACAGCGAGUAGAGUAGCUGUCGCUGAUUUGCUUGCAGCGCCGGAGCCGCUAAUGCGCACGAAAAUGAACCUAACACUUUGUUUUUUUUCGUUUCACUUGAAUUCACAUUUUGACUUUUGAAUUCGUCAACAACUAUCCUUGAAGUUCGAAUUUGGCGAUGCAGCUUGCCGCUGCCCGUGAAAUUCAUUGCUACAAUUUUUGAACUCGAUGUUGUCAUUUGACCGAAAUGUGAAGAGUCCAGAACAAUGUCAUGAUGCACAAUUUAUUCGUGGUUUCUCGCAGAUGCAGUCAAACUUUCCAACAACACAGCAAUCGCGUAUUGGCUUUGAAGUGCAGUUGUAGUCGGGUAGUAUUUAUCCACGACUAAUUGUUCCUGCGCGUGCUGGUUUUGAGGCGAAUGCAAAUCCUUUUUUGCGAAGAUUUGAACCUUCAGCUGC